AUGAGGAGGGGAUGCUACACGUGUCGUCUACGCCAUCUAAAAUGUGAUAAAUCAGGAACCAAUUGCCUGCGCUGUCAAAAGUCUGGCCUCGAAUGCUUAGAAGCACCGGAGAAACCGAAACAAGAUUGUUUCAAGCAUGGCCAGAAUCCUUCCUUACGCGGCAAGGGCCCCCCCGUAUAUGGGGAGAGCGCACUGUCAUUUGCGGCCGAUCAGAUUUGGAUGGAUCCAUCUUCAGAAUACUCAUUCCAAGAUGAGACCGAUGAGAUAGCGUCAGAGUAUUGUGUGAUAUCCGUACCGAAUGAACCAUUGCGAAGCAGACCCCCGUCAGAAUGUCGGUAUACCCCGUCAUCUUCCACAGAGCCUCCUGCGCCUGUGACGAUUGUCACUGUUCCUUUACAUGACACGAAAUAUCAAGCAAGUUCGCACUCGACCUCGGCGAUCUCGCCACGAUCUCCAAGUGCUCAACACGUCGUACAACAAAGGCUGAAAAGUAUGAAUGAAGCCUAUCUGCUACGACAUUUCCAAAUGCACCUUGCACCAUGGCUUGAUGCCGGUGAUCCUAAACGCCACUUUGUUGCGGAAAUAGCCGAUCGAGCUAGCCAGUCUCCACUGCUACUGUCCGCCUGCCUUGCCGUAUCGGCAAUGCACCUAUCCCAAACAACAAGGGCAGUCUCUACGGAGGUUGCAGACAGCUAUCAUGAGCGCUGUAUUCUCAUUAUGCUUCCUUCACUCGACAAAUCAGCGUUAAAGAUAAGCAUCGACAUCCUUCUCAGCACAACCGUGAUCCUCCGUUUCUUUGAACAAAUAUCCUCUUAUAUACCCUCUAUUGAUCCACAACGCCACCUUCUUGCCGGAUCCGUUUAUAUCAGCUCACAUGUAGACUGCGCUAUCUCCGGCGGCCUCGCCUCCGCCUCAUUCUGGGUCUUCGUCAUCCAAGACAUUCAAUUCGCGCUCACCUAUCGAAAGUCCCUUCGGCUUGCAUUUGCACCAUUCGACGAGCGCCUACGGUGUUGGUGGGCAUCCAAACAAGUCCUGAGCGUCAGCGACUGGGUGAAUCGUGCUAUUUGGCUACUUGCCGAAACCAUAGACUUUUGUUAUAAUGUUUCCGGACGAAACUAUGGGGGUUAUCUGGGGCGUUCAGGGAGGAUCGCUUUGAAGAAGAGAAUCCUGGAAUGGGAGAAUGGACGUCCUGAUGCAUUCAUGCCUCUGCACGUUUCACCUCCGGACCGCGAAAGGGGCAAUCCCUUCCCUGUGGUUUUGCAUAUGAAUUUGUGGCACUCAACCGCCGUACAGCACAUUUGUCUUGCCAAAGCGCUUGUCUUGAUUGACGAAUCAGAAGAGACUCCAGAAAACCAGGCUAUGAUUCGAUUCGGUUUCCUAAUUAUCCAGGAACAAAUAUCACAAACCCUAAAUUACCUCUUCGGGGUCGCACUAUCCGCGGACGAUGAGCCCUCUUUGCGGAUUAUGGCUUGCCAUACCUUAAGUGCUUGUAGUGCCUGGAUAAAUGAUCCUCUCGCCCAAACCGUAUUGUUUGAUCUUCUGCGCCGGACGGACAGAGAUAAUGGGUGGCCUUGGGCAUACGUGGAGGAUCGGAUUCUUCGAACCUGGCAAGAAAGCGCGAUAUGA